AUGAAUGGAAUUAGACAGGAACAACACGACAUAUUUGCUGGCUUGUCAACAGCUAUCGGCAAGCAAGCUGCAAAGAAAACCAGGCUAGAACCGGAUCUGAAAGUUCCGGUAUCGCAGUCGGAGAAUGAUAUCGACAGACAAACGACCGGUGAAUCAGUCAACGCUGACGACCAAAAUUCUUCUGUGACAGUUAAUGUCGCUGAAGAAGAGCGUUGCUCUGUGGACUCUGCCUCAACUAUUUCCUCAUCGAGCUUACAGUCGUCACAUUGCUCUUUGCCGAGUGUGAAUCCGAGCCCUAUGAUAAAGCGACGUCUUCUAGCAAUGGAAGCAGUACCCAUUGGUGUAUCCAAGAGUGAACCAACGACGCCUGCAAAAACUGCAUGUAGUUCUACUGACAGGAAUCACAUUACCAUUGUACCGUGUCCGUCGCCACCAACAGGUUCUGCACUUGUUCCCAAUGGAAUUUCAUUGAAAAUUCCUUAUUUGUUUAUUUUUCACUGUUUUUGUAUAUUCUGUAAUUGUUAUAUUAGAACACUCAAAAACUUAUUGCACUCAUGACC